UAGAUGUUGUCGGUGCGAGCGUGAGCUUCUAUAUUUGCCGCUCUUUUAUCUUAGAGUACCAAAUCGGAAGUACCUCAGCUGAAUGCGCGGUUACUUACAAUAGUUGUUAGAAGAUUACGCAAUAGCGGCGACGUAAUAAUCCCAUACCGUGCCGAAGAGAACGAGGAGCCUUUAUUCCGUCCGCAACCUAGUUUAGAGCGCAGCUACCUGGAAUACCCUCCAUUGCUUCAUUCGCCCUCAGAAUGGGAACUCAACGGAUAUUAGUUCUCCUCGCCAUAAUCUGCGCCGUCGUGGCGCCUCUAGCGCAUGCAGCCGCAUCAUCCCGCCGCGAGCUGGCCGAGCUCGUCAGCUCGGUGGCGUUCAAGCUGGACUCGCGGAAUAAGAAGGAGAUGAUCUCCAGCGGCCAUGCCAGCCUCCGCGUCUACAAGAAGGACGACGGCACGUACACGCAGACCAUGUCCAUCGAGCUCUACGACGCCUUCACCAAGGCGCCGCGCCGUACUACCGCCUCUUCAAGGGCAAGCCCGGCACCGGCGGGUCGGAAGCGUUCAGCGGGUACCAGAGCGUGGGUGGCAGAAGAUCAAGUCGAGCGGCUACAACCCGAUGAAGCCGUUUCUCAUGAAGGGGCGGAACUCGCUCAAGCACACGGCGUCGUACGACGGGAUCACCCAGGCGCAGUACGACGCGUACGUGAAGCCGUACAUGGAGCAGCCGGCUAGCUACUACCUCGUCGUCUACUACCCUGGCCUUCGCGCCUCCAUGCAAGGACGUGGCUCCGUUGGCUGAGACCUGAUUAAGUUAGUGUUCCACAAGAAAAUAGGCCCUGUAUAGAAUGUAUAGGAAUGAUAGACCCUUGAGCUGUUCCAACAAGCUUUCUAUGCGAGCGGCUGACUUGUCAAUGCAACGGUUGUCAUGUCAUCACUGUCAGGUGGAAUAAAUAAAUGGAAUGGAA